CGCGGUCGCCACGCUUUCAUUGAAUAACCGGGACUGUUUUCUUGACGCAAGCGUACUGAGGCCCAACAAAGGGCCGAAAUAAGAACGAUUCGCAAGUGAAUCUGAUGUAUUUAUGUCAUAAAAAUGGUGAAAUCUGUGAAGUGGCGAGUAGAAAUUAGGAUAUUCGACGUGUCGAAUCAUGACCGAGGCAUCUGAAAAUGUCUGCGUGGUGCGUGUGCGGGCGCAAGUGAUGUGUCGCGACGAGGGCACCGGCGGCUGGGUCGCGCUCGGCGGCGGGGGCCUGGCCGACGUCAUGGUCGGGAAGCGGCAGCGCGCAGGGGGCGACAGUAAUGGCGACACGUCAUCUUCGUCCGCAAACGCACCUACACACGAUUUCUUCAUACACGGAAAACGGAUCAGCGACAACAUGGUGGUACUAGAAUGCACGAUAAAGAAGGAUUUCCAAUACAACAAGGUGAUGCCAACGUUCCACCACUGGGUCACAGAGGAGAAACGAUUCGGGCUCACGUUCCAGACGGCGGCGGAUGCGCGCGCAUUCGACCGCGGCGUGCGGACUGCCAUCGAAGAAUUGUUAGACGGUCUGGGCGGGGCGUGGCCUGCGCUUCACGCGUACAAAAAACACAAUCCAGCGCCGGCCGACGACGAUGAGGAGCAAAACAUAUUCGAGUGUCUAAAUCUACCCACGGAUUCCCGAUCAAGCUCCGAGAACUCCACGGCAAGUCGCGUACGACAUGCCCACGACCUCACGCAGACACCCAUUUUAUCGGCCAUCAACCUGCCGAGGCAUCACGACACAAUAAAAACAUACGAGAUCCAGUAUGAAGAUAAAAUGGUUGACGACGAUCCGGAGCGGUGUCCGUACGUUCAUCUGUCGGCUGUGCACGAGUACACUUAUCCGCAAGUGGGGCCGGGCGGCAUCAUCAGUUCUGAGAAAUCCUCGCCCAACACCAAACCACCGUUAUUGAAGAGGGACUCGGGGUCGAUAAAGAAACACCCAUACAGCGGGCCACCGCCGCUUCCCGACAAGAAGCCCACCGAAACCUUCCAGGCGCGGCUGAAAUGCAGACAUUGUCACGAAUGGUACCUAGAGAGUGCGAACAGAGCGGGUGCCUGCGAGUUUGCUCCGGACGCCUUCAAGACUUGUAUCGACGCUGUUUCCUGUAUCAAAUGUGCUCAGUGUAUGCUGUACCACUGUAUGUCGGACGCGGAGGGUGAUUUCGCGAUGCAUCCGUGCGCCUGCGCACCUACCGACCACGCCUGUGCUAAGCGGUGGGUGGGGCUGACGCUGCUGUCGCUGCUGGUGCCGUGCCUGUGCUGCUACGCGCCGCUGCGCGCGCUGCACCGCGCCCUCUCGCGCGCGCACCUCGCCGGCGCGCCGCACCGCCCGCAAGACAAGUAGCCCGGGCUGCCCGGGCGCGGCCUGCGCCUGCGCCUGCGCCAGGGGGCCGCGUGUGACGAGCACGUGCCGCAACCGUGCCUCACUCAACCGAGGCCUCGAACUCGAAUAAGCCCCAGCGGCUCCUUCCUCGCGCCGAUCUGCCACGUCCGGGAACAGGAGAGCCCGUGUGUCUCUGCCCCGUCGUGCGGCUCCCCCUAUUUAACACCGCAAGGUAGCCCGCCCGGUGACGCGCCUUUAGACAGUGAAAGUGUACCGGCUCCCGACGCGACGGACUCGUCCGGUGCCCCGUGGCUGACGCCGCCCCGCGGCUCGCUCGACACGGAAUCGUCGACGCCGGCCGCGAGUCUCAGGGAAUCUUCGAGCUCGCCGAGUAUAGAUCUGCCUCUGACGCCUCGGACGGCGAAACCGUCGCCUCGGAACAGUCCGCCGAGUGUCGAGCUCCCGUCGACACCGUUAGGACUUCCGCCGAUAAAACUAUCUGGGAAUCCGCCGAGCGUCGAGUCUCCUUUAACACCGUCGGGCACUCCACCCGCCAAACCGUCGAACUGUCCCGGCGCUGAAUUACCUUUAACGGCGCCGGGUAUAAUACUGCCGCCGACCCCCAGCCCCCCUAGUGCUGAUCUACCUUUAACACCAUCGGGCAGCCCGUUCCCCUUAACAGGCAGCUCGCCGAGCGCGCAAGUCACACCGUCCGACAGCCCCCCCAGCGCCGACCUGCCCUUAACACCGCCGCGUACCCCGCCCAUACCAAUCACACCCAGCCCCCCGAGCGCUAGCUUACCCUUAACCCCCAGAUCUGUGGUGGAACAGACCAGUGAGUCGAGCGCGGAGUGAAACUAAACCAUAUUGGUUUUAAACUUGGCUGUGUUUUACGAACGUGACAUAGAUGGCGCGAUAAGACUGCGAGCUAAAUCGACGCGAAACAUAGAUGGCGCCACGCUUGGCGAUGUUAAAACUACAAAUAAUGUAAAAAAACUGUUGCUGAAAAAGAAUCUGUGUUACAAACUGCUUAUAUGUAAGCGUACCGUCACAAGAGAGAAAAUGUUUCCCGCGUUUUAUAUAGAAAUAGAAGCGUCGCUAUUGAAUAAUAGAACAGUAUUUUUAGAAAUCACGGGCUGUUACUAUUGCAUAUACGGAAGAGAUUUUCUGAAGUACGAGUGCUUUAACGAAAACAAAAAUGUGGCAUAUUUUAUAGUAGUCGUAACGAGAUAUAAAUGCGCUGUUAUUUAUAUGGUUGUGUUUAUUUACCGAUGGAAUCUGAGAUGCCGAAAUGGGAAUGGAAAGAGUUGCCAAAUAUUGGCGUGAAAAAAGUCUACCUAAACUUGGCAUGCGGUGAAAUGGACGGUGAACAAAGUGUUUUGUGGACUUAAUAGACUUAAAGAAGAAUAUUUUCCAAAUGAGAAUAGAAGCGGGAGACUUCACUGAAAUGUGCCUAGUUUGGUGACUUUGGAAAAUGAAGUGUGAAAGUGUUGACUUGGCAAUUAUUCAGGUGUUUUAAGUGACUGGAAAAAAAGACCUAAGAAUUGUGCUUUGAAAGUUGAGUGGGACAAUUAAGAGUAUUUUCACUCUACGAACGAAGUGGAAAAAGAAUGUAUAAAGUAAGUAUAAAUUAAAUUUCUGGUUUUUGAUACUUACACAAUUAAAGUUUGGGAUUUUACAACUAAAUUUUAAAUGCGUUUUAACUUCCGUUGUUCACAAUUUAUCGUAAAUACGUUACAGAUGUUUAGACUUUGCAAUGUUGCCAUAUUUAAAUGAAUGUUGCCACUCUAUGAAUUGUUAAAUUAUUUAGCAUUUAUGAAAAUAUUGGUAUGGUAAUUCGUCAUGGUUAACCAUUGUAUACUUUACUGAGAAGUAUUGUGCCAUGCUAUUAAAUGUAGUUUUUACGUGUGAACUUCUUUACAAUAAUAAUUUGCGAUUUGUUAAAAGUGAGAAAUCAGCUGAUAAGGUAUGUCGCAAUGUAUUAGACAUUUAUCUAAAUAAAAUAACAUAUUUGGCUAAGGUUGUAAACCUUCAAUGAAAGAUGUCGCUAGUGGCGUAAUUGGUAACGCGUUGGACCGGCAAUCCAAAGAUGUGGGUUCGAGUCCCAUGUUGGCCAGAGUUAAUAAUCACUGUUAAUUUUUUCAUUGUGACAUCUGCAUUUAUGAAUUUGCUAAAAGGAAAAAUAGAUAAUAAUGUUCAAGAAUAAUUGUUUAAUCUAUUGUUGUAAAGAGUUUCACACGUUUCUUUAAAAUUAGUACAAGAGGUUGUUCGCUUAUUCACUCUUAUGUCUCUUAUAUUUCUUCUGUCUUCCAAGAAUUUUAGGUAUUCUAGCUUUUCAUUGUUAAUAUGUUUGUUAGAUCUGUUACAAACUCAUUCUAUGAUCUGUUAAGUAGGUUUUGAGGCUAGUUUUUAUAAAGAAUUUGAUCUUUAUAAAAAACUAGUUGUUUUGUCAAGUAUGAGAGUAUAAAAAUGGAAAUUCUAUUAGAACAUGUUACAUAUCUAUGGAUUUCAUGGAAUAUUAGUAUAUUUUCAGAGCUGCAUGAGAAAAUAUGUAUACUUUUAAUGACACUGCUAUUUAUCUAAAACAUAUAUUCUAAAAUAUUUCAACAGACUUGACAGUUUUCUUUAAUACAUUUGUAUUAGAAUUAUUAAAACUACGGGUAGUAGGUUACCUAUAGUCUGUCAAAGUGGACACUUUUUGACAUUCAAGUGACCCAUUUAUCACAGACUGUAUUAUAAAAACCGCGUUUAUGUCAAGUUGUAUUUUUUGCGAAAUUCUACGAUAUUUAAGAAUAUUGGUUAUAUUGAUACUACCUUAAGUAUACCUAAGGAGUAUCGGAAAGAUACAUUUCCAACGUGAGUGUCAAAACCUAUCAAUAUUAUUGAUGUUCAGUAAUAAUGUCAAUAAUACUGAUGGGGUAAGUCGAAUAUAAUGUCACUUUAACCACAGAUUAUUCGUGUUAAAAUAAGACUUUGUCUAUGGUCGCCAUUUUAGGCAACGCAAACAAUCGUCCUAGAUAUACCAUCCUGUCUCUUACAGUGAGAAUGAUAUAUCAAGAAGGAUUGGUCCUUAUAAUACAUGUAUGUAUAUCUUGGUAGUCACUGGCAACAUACAUCUUGAGUUGCCAGUAAUGCCAUGUGAGCUUGCGGGUAAUCCCACACGCGGUCAAUUUUAUCGCGCAAUAUCAGAUACCCCCUAGAUUUUUGGAUACCUGAGAUUGCAAAAACUGUCUGUGUGUGGGAUACUUAAUGCUAGCGGGUACAAAGUUAUAUGUGCGGUUGAUCAAGAUAACUCCUAUCACGAUUGAUAAAGAAAAUGCAUUUGGCCAACGGCAGCUAUAACUUUGUACAUUUUUUUCAAGAAAUAUUAAUGUUCUGUGGGAGUUAAAAGUAAAUUGUAUAUUAAGAUAAUGUAUUUUUAAAAUAAUCGCGCAUUUUCAGUAAUUUCCGUACGAAUAAAGAAUCUAGUCUUCAAAUUUUUUAACUAUAUUUUCAUUCGUUUGACAAAGUUAUUCCGUUAAAAAAAAUGACCAACUUUUUUGUAUAUUUAUAUAAUAGGGUUACACAGUCGAGUUGUUAACGCGUCGCAGUCGCUCUUUGGUAACUACAAGAAAACAUGAAAAAAUUAAAUAAAUGAAAUUAUUUGAAAAAAUUUAAGGCUUUCAGUGCUUCUAGAAACGAUGGGCUCAUUCGAGGGGUGCCGAAGGUUUUAGAUUUUCUUGCAUUCGCGAUAUGACUUAGAUAUUGUCUAUUCGCGACUGCGAACAAGUCAGGACCGAACACAAAAC